UCGCCCAGAAGUGACAGCUCGUGACCAGUCUUACGAGUCAAUUCCGCAAGCCGACGGUCGCCGACGACAUUCGCUUGAAAAAUGAUUCCUUUAACUGGAAUCAUCUCUUUGGUUAUAUUUACUCUAUUUUCCAGUGCUUCGUGCUUUGAAAACAAUGUACCCGUUUAUAUGUGGAAUAUCGACACAGAUGCUGUGGUAAAUCCGUUGCAUUCCUUGAAUGCAGAAGAACUUGUGGGUAAAGUGUCUCUCUCUUUGGAACGGAAGCUUAUUGCAUUGUUUAUGCAAGACGAGCUGAGUGUAGAGGAUUUCAAGUCAAAUGAUCUUGUUGCCUUGAAGUCUUUGGCUGAGAUGGACAAUGACGGUACAUUCUAUGCUCCCUCUGUCACCAAGACUAACAAGUUGCCUGAAGUUUUGGCAGCUGCUGGAUAUGGUGUUGUACAUGUCAAGUCUCACAAAGAUUUGCCUGCAUCUCCACUUCCUGGCAAGACAGUCUUGGUUGUUGACUUGCCAGCAACUCAGCUUGGUGAUACCCGCAAGGAGAAUUUACAGCUCAACAGUAAUGCCAUCAGUGAAGUUUAUGAAACUUUGAAAUCCCAACAACCAGAUGUUGUUGGAAUUUUCACUGCCAAGAAGAAUUCCCAGCUCCAGAUGGAAGAGUCUAGGAGGCGUAUUACCCGUAACGCCUCAGAAAAGAGCGGGCAUGUUAAGGAAGAUGCAUACGUGGACAAGUUUUUCAACAUCACUCAGGAUACAGGCAAAUUGUUUCUCUUUUUUGAAAAGGCUCCCGUUUUGAAGAUCAAGGACGAGAAAAAGAACGAAUGGGCUAACUUCACCCUGAACGUGGAUCCUGACACUACCGGAACUUUUGUUAACGAAACUGGCCAUACAGGCAAACUUGUCUUGACUUACAAAGGAUUGUCUCCAUCUGGCCCGGCUAACGAAACCGGAAAGUUGAAUAAAGCUUCAAUCACUUUCCACUUUUCCACCAAACGAGGCUACUGGUACGUGAAAGAAACCGCCAUCGAUUUUGAUGUCAAAAUCAACGAUGCGACGUUUGUGGAGAACAAUUUGGUUUUGGUCACUACCGACAUCUCUACUCCCCUUCGACGAUCGUGGCACUGCUCUCCCGCGUCGCGUUUAGCCAGUUACGGCUUCACUUACAACGGCACUGUGAUGAAUUACACCAACAAGGUCAUUUUGAACACUGAUGGCUUCCAAUUGCAGCCGUUCAAGGUGUCUAAUGACAAAUUUGGCGAUGGCUACGACUGCGUUGGAUUUUUCACCGAAGGAAUUUGGGCCGCCAUCAUCUUGGGCCUGAUUAUCGCCAUGAUGCUUGCCUGGGCCAUUUCUAUGGUGGCCGACAUUAAGACUCCUGAUCGUUACGACGAUCCUAAAGGAAAGACUAUUACUGUCACAGCAACAGAUUAAACAGAAAACAAAACCCAAUUUUCUUUUCAAUUUUUCUGGCUCCCACUUUCUUCCCCAAUCCACUGAAGACAUUAACUGUUUUCAAUCCGCCAAUAUUUUCUCUCUCUCUCCCUCUCUACCGUUUUUUAAUUUCAGUCUUCAACAAAAAUCGGCUACACAACAAGAGCCUGUAUAGAAUGUCUAUUAGAAUAAUACUUAUAAUUAAUUCCUAGUGAAUUUUUUUUUUUUUUUUUGGUCUGGUGAGCAACAGAAAAUUAAGCAAAAAAUAACACGAAUGCAGAAUGAUGAUUUAUUUGUUUUUUCGUCCUUUUUUUUCUUUUUAAUUUUUUUUUGUGCGUGAAACACGUCCGUUAGUUGUUUUUGGCUCCGCUUUUUUUUUCUUUGUCUUUUACAUGUACAUUUGCAUAAUUUUGCAUUCCAUAAAAUAAAUGUUGUUUAGUGUGUUAA